AACUGUUAAAUACAGCAGCAAUUUGAAUUUGAUUUGAUUUGUUUUUGUAUUUUAAUAUCUAUUGCUUGUGUCUAGUGUCCUUAAAACGCGUGCUAUCAAAAAUGGAGAUCAACUUUAAUCAUAAAACUGCCAACGAAAGAAAUACUCGUACCGAUGUCAAAGAGUGUGCCAAUUUUAUGGUUUGCUACAAUUGUGUCAGUUACUCGCCAUUUCUCAUAUAUAUGGAAUCAAAUAAAAUGGAUUUAUAUCGUUCUAUGCCCACGGGAAUUCACCUGUAUUGUCCGAUUUGUUCCCCGGAACCAGCCCAUUUUGCGAAGUGGUACCCUAACGAAGGGAGAUUAUUAGCCGAAGACAGUAUACUAAACGAUAGACAUCUUUUAGAUGCACUGAGCGAGUUUGUUUACAAAAACCCAUAUUAUAAACUAUUUGGUCCUUCGGAACGGGUAAUAAUAACAGAAAAAACCAAAUUAUUAUCAACUUACAAAAAAAUUGCAAAACAACCAGCACCUUUAACACGCAAACUAUCGCGCUUUAUAAAACUUUUCCCCAAAGCGAACCUAAUGCCAAAUUUAAAGUAUACGAACGAGUCAAACAUGUGCCAAGCAGUGAAACAAAAAUAUAAAAGCAUUAUCGAUAGUUCUAUGGCUCUAUCUAGCUCCGAAACGUGUGAGCUAUAUGAUAUGUUCGACACAAUGGCUUGUGAACAAACUCCUCGCAUCCAUCGUCAAGAGAAACAAAUACAACGAGCUAAGCCGCCUUUGCUUAGUCCAAUUGUUGAAGAUGUUAUUCACACAAGAAAAGAACCAUUCGGUAGCACAGCUUCAGCUACCACUUUCAUCCUUCCACCUGAAAAGACAGAUUGUCUCCGUUCGGAAAAUGUGUCAUCUUUAGAAAUUAAUAUUUCAUCACAAUCUGUAACGGAGUCGGUCGAUAUUGGGAGCUUUUCAACGAUGUCAUCCCUUGACGUGAAUAUCAGUUCACAAACGGCUCCUUCUCAGCCUCCAAUCAUCGAGCAGGAAUCUCCAAGAGUUUUAUCCGUGGGAAGGAAACGUCCACCGACGAGCCAACCCGAUUAUGAGCAGCCGGGUCCUAGCGGUUUGCAUCAUAAACGCGUCCGCUUCGAUGAAACACCAACGAAUCCAGAUCCCAGCACAUAUCAUCUAAGCCCACAAGGUGAUCGACUACCUCGUUUGGGUGGUGGCUAAAAGACUGACGACGUAUGAGGUUCAUACAUUAAUAUCUGUUUGUUUUUGAAAAACAUGUAAUAUACUUGUAAGAAGUAA